AUGACCACCAACCCGUCCCACAUCCUCAUAGCCCGCAAUUCUCGAGGCCAGAAUCCAGCUGCAUCUCUCAGUUCUCCAACUGAAACCCAUGCUGCCGCAUCUGGCAUCUUUCGCGCCACUGGCUCACCACCGUGGCUCUUGGAGGACUGCGAACCGGAUGAGAUUGACUCUGAACUGAGCACAGAAGAGGACGAUGAGGCCAUUGACAUCGAUGAGAUUUUCACGAAGAAUUGCAAGCUUCCUGGAUCUGUCAAGAUAGUUGUGGAGAGUACCACAUUCUGGGCACAUAAGGAGAUUCUCUUCUUCUCCUCCCCAUUCUUCGAGGCCGCUCUCAGUGGUAACUGGUCUGAAACUGGCCGACCACAGUCUAUGCAGUCUGUUGUCACCGUAUCUCAACUUUCUCGGCCUAGUGAAGGCGCUUCAAGUUCCACCGAAAUGAAGUUCGCUCCCAUGGAUCCUGAUGCGGACCCUGAAGACUUGGAGGUUUUUGUUGAAUUCGAUCAGCCGAAGUCCGACAAUGAAAAGCACGAUCCCGGAACGAAGUCCAAGGAACGAGAAGAUAGUUUAGCUAAGCUCGAGGGUUCUUCUUCCGGAGGCUCUCCCACGCAGCGAACGGGCUCUUCCUCGCGGAAACUCUCAGCUGCACAGGCCAUUGUCCGUCGUCACCCUAAAAAUGGACCAGAUGCUGUUAUCGUCCUCAAAGAAGAGAAGGCAGGCACUUUUCAUGAUUUCCUGAAAUUUGUUUACCCCCAAAUGGAGUGCACCAUCACAUGGAAUAACAACGAAUGCUUGACAUUUCUUCUGACUCAUGCUGCUGGCAAGCCAAUAAAGGCUAUGCGAAUUGCGGAGAUCUAUCAGGAAGAAGAGCUCUAUCGUGAAAGCAGUCGUUUCGUUCUUGAUAACCCAGGUGGUUGGACAGAACAUGAGCUGAACACCCUGACCCAGGAAACACUGUUGAAGUUGGAGAAGAGGUCCGAGUUUUCUCGUGGCAGGAAAAAUAUUCAACUCAAGCCAUCUGUUCCGCCAGGAGAAAUUGGUUUUUGGAGCGUGUACUGA